AGAGAGAAAGAAUAACCGUCCCGUUUUUCCCGCCGAUGGCGCGUUCCCACCGGAAGUCACCGACGAUUCCCAGUUCUCAGUCACUGUCACUUUCUCAUGUAACCUACCAAACCCCAUCUACGACUAGUUUUCCAUCGUCAUCGUCUGUCGAAGUGCUUCACUCAAAGCUCGCGACUGAAGUAAUGAGGCUUACGGGAUCCUCGCCUUCUGUGGCCAAUCCACCGCCUCUUGAUUCUAUGUUGCCCACUAUUUCCACUAUUCUUCCAGCUGGCGUGAAGCCUUCUGCCUCUCCUUCUUGGGCUGAUGCUGUUGCCGCUGACUCUGUAACAGGUAAUCUCUCUUACCACCCUCCUGAAUUGCGUGAUGGCAAAUUGGUUGUGAAAUUGCCUAGAUCUGUUCAUGAGGAAGGGAUAAAAUCUUGGGAAGAUUGCUUAGUCGGGGUUUUCAUAGGUGGGUCUUCACCCAAUUAUGGAGAUAUUGUACACACAGUGAAUAUGCUUUGGGGAAGAAAAGGGAAAAUCCUAGUUACUGGUAUGGGAAACAAUACGUACUUGUUCAAAGUGCCUGAUUCUAUAACUAGGGAUUGGAUCCUUAGGUCCAAAGUACCCUGGCAUGUGAACCAUAAGACCUUGCAUCUCCAGCAGUGGAAACCAGAUAUUGAGUUGACUAACCUGAAACCUUCUAAGAUGCCCAUCUGGGUUAAAGUUUGGAAUGUACCUAUCACUCUGUAUACUAAGCAAGGUUUGGGUUAUAUAGCCAGUGCAAUUGGUAUCCCUAUUUCUCUGGAUAAAGCUACAGAGCUGCGCACUAAUGUGAAUUUUGCUCAAAUCUGUGUAGAAGUUGACCUUGACAAAAUUCAUCAACUCCCUGAAUCUGCCUUUGUUGAAGCUGAGAAUCGAUUGCCAGUGGAAGUUAUGUUUGAAUAUCCAUGGCUACCUGUUAAGUGUGAUGCUUGUAACAGGGAGGGGCACACCAGUAAGGAUUGUACUGCAAAGCCAAAAAAAUCAGUGCAAAAGCAAGAGUGGCAAGUGGUAGCUAAGAAAGGGAAAAGUAAGCAAGUGGAGGAAGACAAGGGUGAUAGUUCUGUUAGUCAGGCUAAACCUUCUUCCCAGUCAAUUCCCCUUUCACCAAUGGUGCCUGACAACCAACCAGAAAAGGAUAUUCAAGUGGUGCAAUCAACCUCAGUUUUAGCAGGGGCUGUUUCGGUUAAUGCUUCUCCAGGAAGGGUUGUCCCUACUGAAAAUUCAUUUUCUGCUCUAACCAUGCCUGAGCAGGGCGUGGGACCAGAAAGAAGAAUGCGAGUUGCAUCUCAUGGGGUUGCUGCAGCUACAAAAACAUUGCUACCCAAACAGAGACAGACAAGGAAAGGUUCAAAUUCCUCAGUCCAUAAUUAUGUGCAUGCCAGCCUUGGAAGAAUUUUGAUUCUUUAUGAACAUCACAUUCAUGUCACUAUGUUUGCCAUGAGCUGCCAGGCUAUUCAUUGUCAUGUCCUCAAUGCUUUUUCAGAUCAGUAUUUGUUUCUUAGUGUCAUUUAUGCUGAUCCAUAUUCAGAUGCAACCAGGCAAAAACUUUGGGAUGAGCUAGUUCUUCUUAGUCAGGCUCUCCCUAAUGUCCCUUGGCUAGUGGGUGGGGAUUUCAAUGAUAUUAGAUAUCCUUCAGAAAGAUCAGAUGGAGCUUUCUCUAGCCUCACAAAGGAGUCCAUAUUAUUCCAUGAGAAACUUAAUAAUGCUGAUUUGCAUGAUUUGCCCUCCAGUGGUUCAUUUUUUACUUGGUGUAACAAUAGGAGUGCCAAUCCUAUUUCCAAGAAGCUUGACAGACUAAUGGUAAAUAACAGAUGGUUUAAUUCCUUUCCAAAUGCAACUGCUGAAUUCUUGCCUCCUGGGUGCUCUAACCAUUGUGCAGGUUGUGUAAAUAUCUUGGCACCUACUCCUAAUAACAAAAGGAAGCCUUUUAAAUUCUUUAAUUUUUGGGCUAAGAAUGAGAGGUUCCUGGAGAUAGUAAAACAGUCAUGGGACUCUACCACGGUAAAAGGUUGCUACAUGUUUCAACUUUGCAAAAAGCUGAAGGCUUUGAAGCCUGCUCUUAGGAAGCUGAAUACAGAACAUUAUGCAGAUCUACCAAACAAGCUACAGCAAGAGCUACACAAGUUGCAUAUGAUACAGGUUGACCUCUUAGCAUGUCCAGAUGCUGCACUAAUUCAAGCUGAACAUGACCAAGCCCAGAACGUGGCAGCUUUACAACAGGCUGAGGAAUCAUUUUACAAGCAAAAAUCUAGAAUUAAAUGGUUGCAAGAAGGAGAUGGUAAUACCACUUAUUUUCAUAAAGUGGUCACAGUUCGAAAGGGAAAAAAUACAAUCAAAGAGCUAUACACAAGUGACGACAGGAAACUUACAAGAGUAUCAGACAUGGAAAAUGAAGCUGUUCAAUUUUACCAAGGUCUCCUCGGUACAGCUGACCCAAAUUGUGCCAAAAUCAGUGGGGAAUGGAUUACAGAUUUAUUCCAAUAUCAGCUGUCUACUACUUUAGCAGAUUCUCUCAUGCAACCAGUCACAGUUGAAGAAAUUAAGGAUGUAGUUUUUUCAAGCCCGGGAAAUAAGGCGCCUGGUCCAGAUGGGUACACGUCUGAAUUUUAUAAAGCUGCUUGGCCUGUUGUAGGUGAUUUGGUGAUUAAGGCAAUUCAGGAAUUCUUUUCUUCUGGUAAACUUUUGAGAGAAAUGAAUUCAACCAUUAUUUCUCUGGUUCCAAAGGUUCAAAAUCCAAUGAGUAGAACAACCCUAGAAUCCCAUGUUGGAAGAUUGAUUUUAACUGGGUCUGAGUGUUUGGUUUCAAGCAACUCAAUAGACUCGACUGUCGCAGCGGAGGAUGUGUUCUCCAAGGAUUUGAAUAAGUUGGUGCACUUGCAGUUUUGGCCAGAAGAACAAGUUACUCUUGAGCCAUUCGAGGAUGGGAAGGAGAAGAUCCUUUCCUAAUUUAAAACAAAUUUUUUGAUUUUAUUUUGCAUUUUCUUUUAUUUCUUGUAAAUUGCUGGAAAUGUCUUUUUGAUUCUUUGUGAGUUAUUGGAAAUGUCUAAUGGGUUGUCCAAAACAGAUGGAUUGUUGACAGCAUCAAGCAACGUCGAGCACUUUUUUGGGUUGGAUGUUUGUUUCUUACAUUAAUGGUAGCAAGAUUAAGAAACCCAACAGUCUUUA